CCUUUCAUUUCGCACACAACUCUAAUCACUUAUUCUCAAGAUCGUCUUCUUCCCUACUUUCCCUUUUGCUUUCGUCUUGUAUUCUUUUUCACUAACCAAAAAUGAGAGAGUGCAUUUCAGUACACAUUGGUCAAGCUGGUAUCCAAGUUGGUAACGCCUGUUGGGAGCUCUACUGUCUUGAACAUGGCAUUCAGCCUAAUGGUCAAAUGCCCGGUGACAAAACAGUCGGAGGUGGAGAUGAUGCUUUCAACACAUUCUUCAGUGAAACCGGCGCCGGCAAACAUGUCCCUCGUGCUGUCUUUUUGGAUCUGGAACCAACUGUUAUCGAUGAAGUUCGGACCGGGGAUUAUCGCCAAUUGUUCCACCCCGAACAGCUUAUCAGUGGCAAAGAAGAUGCUGCCAAUAAUUUUGCCCGAGGCCAUUAUACAAUUGGAAAGGAAAUAGUGGAUCUUUGCCUUGAUAGGAUCAGGAAGCUCGCAGAUAACUGCACUGGGCUUCAAGGAUUUUUGGUGUUCCAUGCUGUUGGUGGUGGAACAGGAUCAGGGCUUGGCUCUUUGCUUCUUGAGAGGCUUUCUGUGGACUAUGGCAAGAAAUCAAAACUUGGUUUCACUGUUUACCCUUCCCCUCAAGUCUCCACAUCUGUUGUAGAGCCUUAUAAUAGUGUUUUAUCCACUCAUUCUCUCCUGGAGCACACUGAUGUUGCUGUUCUCCUUGACAACGAAGCCAUCUACGAUAUUUGCCGAAGAUCUCUGGACAUCGAGAGGCCUACUUACACUAAUCUCAACAGGCUGGUAUCUCAGGUCAUUUCUUCCUUGACUGCAUCUUUGAGAUUCGAUGGUGCUUUGAAUGUUGAUGUGACUGAGUUCCAGACCAAUUUGGUCCCAUACCCUAGAAUCCAUUUCAUGUUGUCAUCAUAUGCCCCGGUGAUUUCAGCCGAAAAGGCCUACCAUGAGCAACUAUCGGUGGCCGAAAUCACAAAUAGUGCAUUUGAACCGUCUUCGAUGAUGGCCAAAUGCGAUCCGCGCCACGGGAAAUACAUGGCCUGCUGCUUGAUGUACAGAGGAGAUGUGGUGCCUAAAGAUGUGAAUGCUGCAGUGGCAACAAUCAAGACCAAAAGGACUAUCCAGUUUGUCGAUUGGUGUCCCACCGGGUUCAAGUGUGGCAUCAACUACCAGCCCCCGACCGUGGUGCCCGGUGGGGACUUGGCCAAGGUUCAAAGGGCGGUUUGCAUGAUUUCCAACUCCACAAGUGUUGCCGAAGUGUUCUCCAGGAUUGAUCACAAGUUUGAUCUGAUGUACGCCAAGCGGGCAUUUGUGCAUUGGUAUGUUGGUGAGGGAAUGGAGGAAGGUGAGUUUUCGGAAGCUCGAGAAGACUUAGCCGCUCUUGAGAAAGAUUAUGAAGAAGUUGGGUUGGAAUCUGGUGAAGGGGAUGAAGAUGAAGGGGAUGAGUAUUAGGCUAGAUUAUGUAGGGGUCUGCCAAUGGACUUAUUGGUCAGUCAAUUUGCUUCUGUUUUUUUUCCAUGUCUAUUGUAGUGUCCAAAUUCUCAACAAGUUUUAAUGUAUCUUUUCCUUUUUACCUUAAACUUGCAGUAAUUUUUCU